GCCUCAUCACCAACGACGAUACAUCAUCAUAUUAAACAAUCAGUCAUCCUACAUCUAGAGCAUCAUCAAAUCUUGGCCAACGGCGUCCAUUCAAGGUCUCUUAAGUCCAACAAAAUGGACUCCAGAUCAACAACACCAACGCCAUUUCCGACCCUCCAGGUCCAACACAAACAAACAUCAACCACAGACCACAAGACAACAUCGUCACCGCCUAAGCCACCAUCCCCGUACGGCAGCCUUCAAUGGACUCAAUACCUUCUCCGUCUUUUCACCGUCCUCACAUCCGCCGCCCUUCUAGCCCUCACGGUCUUCAUCGCGGUAAAAUGGGGACAAGAAUACAUGGAGAAAAUAUACGCGGUUAUUAUGGCCGGGGCGGUGAUAGCAAUCAUCACAGACCUCGGCACUAUUUACUUCCUCUUUGUCAGGAUGUCACAAACCUCGACGCCGGUAGCCAUCGCUGUCCUUGAUGCUGUUGCGCUAGUCAUGUGCGCAGUGGGCAUCCCAAGUGUGAUGGGAAGUGAGUUCAAGACGGUGUAUGACACAGCUGUGUGGGCGUUGGCGGUGGUUGUAAUCGUCGAGAGGGCCGCAUCGAUGGCUACUUGCCUUUGGGUUUGGAUUUUUAUCAGGAGAAGAAGCAACGAGGGGAUGAAACCUGUUAUCUUCAAGCAGGAGAUGGGCUCGACUUCCGAGUCUGCUUUGGCGGCGAGGAGACGGGGGAAACAGCCUGCCGGCCAGGGGGCCGCGAUGGCCGGGGCAGAUGCUGGGGCUCCGACUGGGGAGUAUUUGCAUCCUGAGAGUGCGAGGGCAUCAUCGGUUGGUGGUGGGAGACCCAGCUUAGUGCUUGCAGGAGAUAUGUCGGGGAGAGCAAGCUUUCCUAGUAUUUUUGUGGGUGGAGAGGAUGCUGAUGAUCGAGUAUGA